AUGAACCCCUCCAGGGAAGACUUCUGCCAUCCCUACCAGCCAUAUGAAAUCCAACUUGAUUUCAUGAACAAACUCUACCGCUGCAUCGAGCAUGAGAAGGUCGGUAUCUUUGAGUCUCCCACUGGCACAGGUAAAUCACUCAGUCUCAUCUGUGGAGCCCUGACGUGGUUGCGAGACCAUGAACGACGCUCCUUGCAUCCCACAGACGAUGGUGAUGGAACAGUGGAUUGGCUAGCUCAGGCUGAAGCCUCUGCACGUCGUCGUGAAAUUCUUCUGGAGCGAGAAGAGCUCGAGCAUAGGCUUGCCGCUCUUCGUCGACAGGAAGCCAAACGCAGCCAGGCGAAUGCUAGUCUCAAUUUAGUGAAAAAGGCCCGGCUGUUCCGAGAGCAAAAGCUUCAGCAUCAAUCGGCUGAGGACGACUUCAUCUUGGACGACUACAAUAGUGACGAAGAGAAUGAUCACUUGGCUCCCACGACUUCGAAUUCUGGCCUCUCAACUUCAACACAGGCUCUUCUCGAUAAACUGCAAGCCCCAUCUAAACCACAAGUUGAGGAACAGGAGCAUGAUCGAUUGAAGCUCAUAAUCUGUUCUCGUACUCAUUCUCAGUUGACUCAGUUCGUGAACGAGCUCAGGCGAGUCAAGCCUCCAUCUAUUCUUUCUCCAGCUGUCGCAGAACAGGCCCCGGAGAAUGUUGUUGAAGAGUCUGUCAAGCACUUGCCCCUCGGGUCACGCAAGACCUUGUGCAUUAAUUCCAAGGUGAAUCGCCUGACCUCUGCUACUGCUAUUAAUGACCAGUGCUUGGAAUUGCAAAAACCUGGAACUUCAAAGGAUAAAAGAUGCCCCUAUCUGCCUGCAAAGGAUGAUAAAGAGCGACUCGGAGACUUUCGUAAUGCAGCAAUCGCACGGAUAAGAGACAUCGAGGACAUCGGAAGUCUUGGGCAACGCAUGGAACUUUGCCCCUAUUAUGCUUCCCGAAAUGCCAUACCUUCGACAGAAGUGCUGACGCUGCCAUACCCCUUGCUACUACAAAAGUCUGCCCGGAAUGCAUUAGGCGUGUCAGUCAAGGACAACAUUGUCAUCAUUGAUGAAGCUCAUAACUUGAUGGACGCUAUCGCAGACACCUAUUCGAUCUCGUUACAAUUGUGUCAGCUACAGGAAGCCGCAAGGCGGACCACAGCAUAUGUUGCCCGUUUCAAAAAUCGACUCAAAGGAAAAAAUCGAGUGUACGUGACUCAAGUAAUACGCCUUCUGAAUUCUAUUACAGAUUGCUUGCGAGCAACAAUGAAGCUCACACCGCCGCAAGAGACAACAGUGACAGCGACGCAGCUCAUGUCAGGUAAGGGUGUCGAUCAGAUCAAACCCCACAAACUCCUACAAUACUUGUACGAAAGUAAGCUUGCCCACAAGGUUGAAGGGUACACGGAAGCUCAAGGACAGCAGGAGGCAAAGUCAAGCCCCGCGAAAGGCGUCCUCAUGCAUUUCCAAAACUUUCUCGUGGUCCUUAUGAAUCCCGAUGAUGAGGGACGUUUCUUCAUCGGCAGUCAAGAAGGUGAGCCUGUAGUACGUUACACUCUCCUUGAUCCUAGGGAGCACUUCCGAGAGAUAGUUCGAGAGGCCAGGUCCGUUGUGCUCGCAGGUGGCACCAUGUCUCCGAUGUCUGACUAUUCGGAUUAUCUGUUCUCUUACCUUGAGAAAGACCAGCUUCAGACUCAUAGUUUUGGUCAUGUCAUUCCUGAAAGCAAUUUGUUUGCAAAAUUCAUCACGAAGGGUCCUUCAAAUAUCGAAUUCGACUUCACAUACAAUAGCCGCUCAUCAGAGUCAAUGAUUCUGGAGCUAGGCCGGCUAGUCCUGCGGGCUUGUCAAACAGUCCCAGAUGGUGUCGUCGCAUUCUUUCCAAGCUAUGACUAUCUUGCCAAGGUAACUUCUAUCUGGCAACGGUCACCAACAUCACAGCCCAUGAUGGCCAUGUUGCAAAGGGCCAAGAGAACAUUUCAAGAAAGCAGAGGUGUUUCCGUUGAUGAUCUUCUGCGCGAUUAUGCGGCUGCAGUCGACUCCGGAUACGGUGGAUUGAUGCUCUCUGUCGUCGGUGGAAAAUUGUCGGAGGGUAUCAAUUUCUCAGACAAACUAGGUCGAGCAGUCAUUGCUGUCGGACUUCCCUUUCCAAAUUCCAACGGGGCUGAGUGGAAGGCAAAGAUGCAGUACGUGGAAGCAAUACAGUACAAGCAGUGCAAAGACUUGAAAGGAAUGGAUGACUCCAGUUGCAGGGCGGAAGCAAGACGAGCAAGCAGGAAUUUUUAUGACAAUGCCUGCAUGCGAGCAGUCAACCAAAGUAUUGGGAGAGUCAUCCGCCAUAGAAACGACUACGCAGCUAUUCUGUUGGUCGAUCGAAGAUUUGCGACCGACCGCAUCAGACAGAAAUUACCUGGCUGGAUUCAAGAGAGCAUGAACAGGGAUGUCGAGGCCUGGGCUAAGAUUGAGGAUGGUCUCGGCGGCUUCUUUGGCCAUAGAUGGGAUACUACACGAGCAAUAGAGUUAUAA